GUCAUUGUUGUGAGUGGCUGAUGGGUAAUGUAGUGCGGCAGCAGGCACGUGGGAUCUUGCGUCGCUGGGCAAGACUGGCAGAAACAUGGCGGGUCUGGAACUGUUGUCGGACCAAGGAUACCGUUUAGAUGGAAGAAAGGCCACCGAGCUGCGGAAAUUCCAGGCCCGCAUGGGUCCGUUCGCUCAGGCCGACGGUUCAGCUUAUUUAGAGCAGGGAAACACGAAAGCUCUGGCCGUGGUGUACGGUCCGCAUGAGAUGCGAGGUUCAAGGAGUCGGGCCCUUCACGACCGGGCUGUCAUCAACUGCCAGUACAGCAUGGCAACAUUCAGCACAGCAGAGAGGAAGAGGAGGCCGCACGGGGACCGGAAAUCCACUGAGAUGAGCCUCCAUCUCAAGCAAACGUUCGAGGCUGCCGUGAUGACCCAGCUCUAUCCGCGCUCUCAGAUAGACAUCUACGUCAAGAUCCUGCAGUCCGACGGGGGGAAUUACAGCGUGUGUGUGAAUGCAGCCACGCUGGCAGUGAUUGAUGCCGGCAUCCCGAUGCGGGACUACGUGUGCGCUUGCACGGUGGGUUUUGUGGACGAGACUCCACUCGCUGAUCUCUGCUACGCCGAGGAGAGCGGAGGGGUCAGCUCCCUGGCUUUAGCGUUGCUGCCCCGGGGAGGACAGAUCGCUCUUCUCCAGAUGGACGCCAGACUGCAUCAGGAUCACCUGGAAACUCUGAUGGAAGCUGCAAUGACUGCCUGCAAAGGUGUGAGCAAAGUGCUGGACGAGGUAGUGAGGCAACACCUUCGAGAGGCCUCAAUGCUCACCCGAGAGUGACGUGUAAUGUCACGUAAGAAGAAAACGUCUGGACUGGGAUUCAGAAAGAAGCUUUUGUAUUUUUGUAUUCAUUCAUCUACAUUCUGUACACUUGUAUAUACCUGACCCCAGAAAUAAAUGUAUGAAGGGUCAA